AUGUAAUACCAGGCGGAAGUAAACAAAUAAAAGCCUCCAGCAGCGUCAGUUUUCCUGAUGUGUGGACUGAGCUGGAGGAGGGUUGUUCUAUCGUGUCUCAGAUGAAUAUUUGAUCAGAAUCUGAGAGAGUUGAUCAACGAGCGACUAACUGCUGCUGAAGAAAUAUUCACGGAGUUUGAGAAAACCAUCGUCCAGUACGAGGAGGAGAUCGAUCGUCAGCGCAGACUGCUGGAUAACAUUUGGAAACCACAGAUAACACAACACACAGCAGGUCUCCCACAGCAGCAUGUUGUAAGGAGCAUGAGGUUUUGUCUGGCCAGCAACUCAGUAACCAGAAGAGUAACUCCAGUCUGGAUCAUGACAACCAAGAGCUUCCACUGAUUACAGAUGAACAGGAAGAACUCUGCACCAGCCUGGACCAGGAGGACCUGGAGCCUCCAAUGAUUACAGAGGAACAGGAGGAAUUCUGCACCAAUCAGGAGGGAGAGCAGCUUGUUGUGAAGCAGGAGACUGAUACCUUUAUGGUGACUGUUACUUAUGAGGAAAGUGACCACAGUGAACCAGAACAAACAGUGACCAGCUCCUCUCUUCCAAUUCCUCUGUAGCUGAGAGUCCAGAUCAGGAAGGAAUCAAGCAGGCAGACCCACAAUUAACUAGAAAUGCAGUGCUAAGGUCAACAGAGAGACGUGACAGAAACAGCAGUCACAGUAAGAAUGUAGACAGCUCUCUCAUGUCAGAGAGUCACUGUGAUGCUGAUACAGGUAAAAAGUCAGUACCAUGUGAUAUCUGUGGAAAAACCUUUAAAGGUAAGUCCAAAUUGAAGGAACAUCACAGAAUUCACACAGGUGAGAAGCCAUUUCAUUGUGAAACAUGUGGAAAAGUGUUCAGUCAAAGUUGUAAAUUGAAAGUCCACAUGAGAACUCACACAGGUGAGAGACCUUACCCUUGUAACAUCUGUGGAAAGAGAUUUAGUGAUGUUUCAGCAUUUAAAAAGCAUUCAGCAACUCACACAGGUGAGAAGCUGUACUCUUGUACAACCUGUGGGAAAAGUUUCAGUCAAAGUGGUAAUUUGAAAGUCCACAUAAGAACUCACACAGGAGAGAGACCUUACCCUUGUAACAUCUGUGGCAGAAGAUAUAAUGGAAUAUUAUGGCUGAGAAAGCACAUGUCAGUUCACACAGGUGAUAAACCUUUUGUUUGUAACACUGGAAAAGGGUUUUCUGACACAUCAGUGUUUAAAAGGCAUGCAGCAAUCCACAAAGGAGAGAAGCCAUUUUCUAGUGAAAUAUGUGGAAACGGUUUUAGUCGUGGGGAUCAUUUAUUACUCCACAUGAGAAUCCACACAGGUGACAAACCAUACAUUUGUAACACCUGUGGAAAAAUAAAUUUAGUGACCUUCCAGCAUUUAAAAGUCACACAACAAAACUGUGUUGCAUCUGGAAGUUUAUGUCUUUUCUGUGGUUCAGGAACAGCUCAGCUCCUCACUGAAACUCUCCUUUAGCUGAAAACCACAACCAUCAUGAAUAUUGGUUGGACACUGAUUAGUUGUUUCAGCAGCAACUUAUAAAAUUAUGUUCAAUCAACAAAAGUAAUUUAUUUUCAACAAACAUGAGUACAUUGUGUUGAUUCAAAGAAACUGAAUUUUUCUUCAAUAAAGUGAAUUCAAAUCUUUCA